AUGGUGAGCAAGCUCCCCAAUGUCACUUGGCCCCAGGGGGCCUUCGUGGAAACCGUGAAGGGAUGGCAACAAGAGUGGUUCUAUGUCACAGAACCUUGCGACGCCACAUGGACCGCCACUCCUGAGUUCAAAUUUGGGCCUCCAAUGCGGCUCACAUCAUGGGUUAAAAAGGGCCUGGACUGCGCAUCGUCUGACGAGGUGAUGACGCUGCAGAAGCGCGUCAAGGGUGUGAUAGAGAAGAACACCAGCCUUGCCGAUGUGAUCCAGGCUUCACUGUUGGUGGCUUCAGCUAAGGAUGUUGAAGUGUCCGAACUCCAGCGGAAACUGCAGCUGGCUGACGAUGAGAUCGACCGUAUUAACAAGCGGUUCGAUGAGGCCCAAGGCAACGCGACCGAGGUCGAGGCCCUCAAAAGUGCCCUUGCCGAAGGCAAAGAGGAGGCGAGGGCAAGCAAAGCAGCCGCAGAGAAAGCGGUUGCGGAUGUAGAGGCCGAAAAGGCCGCCCGCCUUCAGUAUGAGGCGAGGGUGACCGAAGUAGAGCAAGCGUUCCAGGACGCCGCCAACAAGUGUGAGUCCUUGGAGGAGAGUAACAAGGCCCAAGCGGCCGAACUCACCAAGGCUCUUCAAGCUGCGAAGGAGGCGCGGUCUGAGUCCCAGGCGGCUCGCGAGGAGAUCAAGCAAGCCGAACAGAUAGUGGCUGGGGACUUGAAAGAUCCUCAAUGCCACAUUGAUAUUCAGCUGACUGAUGCUGAAAUUACUGAAGCUGUUAAGAAGAUGCUGGAUGAACCGGUGGCCGAUUGCAGUAAAACAGGACUUAGUCCUUUCUGCGUUUCGAAAAAACCGCCAGCUGGUGAUGAUCCGUUCUGGAAGACGAAACCACAGGAUAAACUGGCCAAGACACCUCGCCCCAAGACCAAGGUCACCAAAAAGCCUGCCAAGAAGAAAACCGCCGAGUCCACCGAUUUAAACAUUGACGAUGAUGAUGAUAAUCAGGAGUCAAGGGCUAAAGCCAGAGCCAGUAAAAAGGCUAAAGUAAAUAAUCCGGUUGUUGACCCCAAUCCAUCUGAACCGGAGAAGACCCCAGAACCUUCUAACCCAAAUGAUGAAGCUACUCUUGAUGAUCCGCCACCGCAGGAUCAUGAAACCUUUGUUGAACAGAUGGAAAUUGAUCCGAUGGGUCAUGCUGAUAACCCUCCAAGCCCAGCUAAAACUGCUGAUGACAAACUGACGAUGUUAUGGUCACUGCCCCAAGGGCCGGUUUAUCCUUCCAAGAUGAACCGGGACUUUUAUCCUAUAAGGCUCAAAAUUCUUGCUGAACACCUUUCUGAGCUGAGCAAAAAAGAAUCCCAAAUCGCCGACCUUCAAGAAAAUAUCAAAUCUCAACAAGCAGAAACUUCCAAGGCCAAGGAGGAGUUGACCAGUGCUUUAGCAGCCAUGGAAAAACUGAAGGAGAGCUUCAAGAGCGAGCGGGCAGGCUGGGACACAGAGAAGGCAACUCUGCUGAAGAGGGCUGAGGACGCUAAAGCGGCCCUUAAUCCGGUAACAGAGGAGCUGACUGGGUUGAAACGGCAAAUAAAUGCCAUGACUUCUGCAGUUUUUGGUAAAGAGCCUCUUCAUAAGCUUUAA